AUGGCCAAGAAAAAGGACAUGGUGCGGCAAAGCAAUCUUAGUCAAGAAAAGGUCCAGGACUCUAGUGAUGAAGAUGGUUCAGUUGGACAAGUGACACCCAAAGCGAAACAGUCUCCCGCUUCCCAAAAGACCAAAAGUGUCCAGAAACCGCUGAAAGGCUCUAAAUCCAAACCACCAAGUCCAGAGUCGGAGGAGGAAUCAACGGACGAAUCAUCUGAAGUCGAAAGCGGACAAGACGACUCGGAUAGCGAGUCAGCCACGAGCUCAGCGUCCAGUCAGAAGAGAACUGCACCGGCCACCGCCGACUCUCAACCAAGGAAAAAGACCAAGACAGCGAAGACCUCUUCAACAGUGCAGAUAGCACCGAAACCUUUCAAAGCACCAGCAGGAUACGCGCCGGUGGUGGUGUCAGCAUCCGACUAUGCCUCGGAGGUGGGAUCUCUGUUCGGCGACCUGUCUGCCAAGCAGAUCUGGCACAUCUCUGUCCCAGAUGGUGUUUCGAUCGACUCGAUCAAGGAGCUUGAUAUUGAAGCCGCGAUAAAGGGAGCGCCGAUCCUCAGCAAGAACGGCAUCGACUAUAACCUUCGUUCCGUGCAUACCAAGAACGAGGUUGUCCUUCUACCACAAGGAACGAAGAUGAACUACCGACAGUCUGCGAAGAGAGUCGAGCGAGUGUUGCAUCUUCAAGAGAUGAGCACCACCGAGUCGAAGGACGAAACACCUCUUCUUUUCACCGCUACGGGCUCAGGCAAUCCGAAACCCGUCCGGAAACAACCCGAAGGCUUGAAGAUGCGCUACGUUCCUUAUGGCGCCCCUCCAAUCCAGGAACCCGCUGAAGGUGAAGAUGAGGAUGUAGAGAUGAGGGACACUUUGGACAUGCCCCCGGAACUCGAACAGACUCAUUCACAAACGACAUUCAAAAAGUCCAAAAAGUCGAAGCGAGAUGGGGCUGACGGAACAAGUCCGGAGAAGAAAUCGCGCGUUGAAGAUGGACAAGCGUCGUCUGAGAAGAAGAAAAAAAAAAGAAAAAGCGCAGGAUAG